AUGGCCGAAUUCCUUCAAAAGAUUGCCCAGACGCCCGGCCUCAAAGCCGUAUUCAACUACGAAAACUUCCGCCUCCAGCCUGCCAUCGAUAAAAAAGCACAAGCUGCCUUCAUCCGACCCAAUGAGAAACUAGACCAUGCGUUCAAGAACUCCAUAGCCAAGGGAUUGCCGCCCAUCAAUGUGCUUCCCAUGGCAGCGCAGCAUCUAUCUGUCUUGACGAAGCUCGUUGGCGCGAAGUCAGUGUUGGAAAUCGGAACGCUGGGUGGCUACUCCUCCAUCGUCUUCGCGCAAGCCGGCGCAAAAGUCACCUCCAUCGAAAUCUCGCCCACCCACCGGGACGUCGCGCUCGAAAACGUCGCCGGCCUCGACGUCGAGAUCCUGCUCGGCGCCGCGCUCGACGUCCUGCCUAAACUCGCUGCCGAAAACCGCAAGUUCGACCUCGUCUUCAUCGACGCGGAUUUCGACGACCAGUGGGAGCACUUUGACUGGGCUGUCAAGCUGACAAGGUCCGGUGGGGGCGUUUUCCUAGACGAUGUGGUGCCGACGAUGAUUAAGAAUGGGGAGGUGGGAUUUAAGGCUGAUGGAGAGGUGGAGGAGAAGAGGAGUGUUAUCGAGAAGAUUGGGGAGGAUGGGAGGGUGAGUGCGACGUUUGUGCCGAUUGUGGCGAAUAUGAGGCCUGUGAUGCCGGAUCCGAUGAUGAAUGGGUUUAUUUUGGCGGUGGUGGAGUAG